CCGCAAGAGAAGAAUGCUAGCUGAAAUGUUCAUCGUUUGUUUGUUUGAAGCAAUAGGAUAUUUUGUCAUAUAAUAAUAUAUUAGAUUUGUAUCAUUAUAUCAGCUCUAGAAGACCUUGUUGUAGAAUAGUACAUAUUUGUAUUCAUAAUCUAAAAUAAGAAUGCCUUCAACAACUGGAACGACUGAGUCACCUUGAUUGAACCAACGAGCAUUCGCCGGCUAACAACACGCUAGUUACCUAGGAUACCUGUUUCUUGUAUGUAGACAUUCGUAAUAUUUACGACUACUUGAUAAAAACUAUUUCCUUCAGAGUUUUUGUAACAUUAGUGACUGGCGUUUUCAAAUGGGUGUAGUUCUACGGAAUCUUCAGAACGUGGUGCCGUUGCGACGCGCGAGGCUACGGAAGGACGUGGAGACGUUGAGGCACAUAUUGGGCAUCCAAAAAUUUGAUUUGGGAGUCAUUUGCGUGGACAACCGCAAAAUUCAACGCAUCAAUAACAUUUAUAGGAAAAAAAAUAUGCCCACUGAUGUCCUCUCAUUUCCAUUCUAUGAGGAGCUGAGGCCUGGGAAGCUGCCUUGCCCCAUUUACAGAGAUGAACUGAACCUUGGAGACAUUUUCUUGGGGGUUGAAUACCUGAUGAAACAGUGCCAGCAGCAGUCUCAGGAUCUUCAUGGAAUUCUCACAUCAGUCACUGCUCAUGGAAUCUGUCAUUUGUUGGGUUACAGACAUGAAACUGAGGAGGAGUGGAAAGAGAUGCUGCAGAAGGAGAGCUACAUACUUAAUGAGUUCAACAGAUUCACUGGCAGACAGCUGGUGCCUCUGACCAAGAAAUGUAGCCAAGACGGGUGACCACCAAGAAGAACCACCUGCAAUGGAAGGCCUUUGAAACGAAUGGACUUAUUAGCUUUGGAUGGAUUUGGAAACUUGCAAAGACAACUCCUUGAUCAUGAAUAAACUGCCCAUUUCCAAGUGAUAGCUACAGACCGCGUCAGCCUUCAUGUGAUUGCUGAGCUUUUACCUAUGGAGCUAGACAGACUACUCUUUUUUUACAAUCAAACUGCUCUACCCAUGACUUGACAUUGAUGACAAUUAAAAACAUCCAAAACCAUUGUUUAAAUUCAUUUUUAUUUUAAAAUGUGAUGUAGGAAGUCAAAUACUGGAGCCUGAACUACAACAAAAAAAACUCCACUCUGCUACUCCUUUGCCUUCCACAUCAGACACGCUUGUCAACCUAAAACAUGUUCAUUUUCACUUAAUGCAAGCAGGAGACCAGUAAAUAGCUAGCCAAACCCUAAUCUUAGCAAAAAGUAGUCUAAAAGAUGUGAGUACUGGCCUGGUCAGGUGUGAUGAGACAUCCGAGCUGGCCAUUAUUAACAGACCUCUCUAAAAUAAAUAGUUACAUCUUAUGGCCUUAUUAAAAGCAAAGCCUAUGCAGGAUAGCUUACGCAUGUAAUACAUGUUUCUGCAUUGUCAGCGGUUUGAAGGAACACAUUCUAAACAAAGUGGUUGUGCAUUUCUCAAAGUAAAGCGCUUUAGAAAAAGAAACUACCGGUUCUGUACUGGGAGGCACUAGGGAACCCCUAGGAGCGUAAGCUUCUAAAAAUAAAAAAAAA